AUGGAGAAGGUCCUUGUCCUUCUGCUCGUCGCCCUCGCGGUAGCCUAUGCAGUUCCUGACCCCCGGGGAAUCAUAAUCAACCUGGAUGACGGCGAGCUCUGCCUGAACAGUGCCCAAUGCAACAGCAAGUGCUGCCACCGGGAAGACGGGCUGAGCCUGGCCCGCUGUGCAGCCAAGGCCCGAGAGAACAGCGAGUGCUCCGCCUUUACACUCUAUGGGGUUUACUACAAGUGUCCCUGUGAGCGGGGCCUGACCUGCGACGUCGACAAGACCAUCGUGGGCUCCAUCACCAACACCAACUUCGGAGUCUGCCUUGAUCUCGGACGUGCUGCAGAGUAA